AGCCGUUUUAACCGUUAUUUCUAAAAACGUACUAAUUACUAUUUUGAAGUUACUAGUAGCCUACUUAUUAUUUAGUUACUAGUAACUAUUACAAUAGUUACUAUUCCAGUGUUACUAGUUACUAUUCAUUAGAUACUAGUAACUAUUCUUUAGUUACUAUCUAUUCCCUUUUGACUAAUAACCUUCCAUUACAUACUCUUACCUAUUUUUUUGUUAACUAAUCCAAUAAGUAUCUAUUCCCGUUUUACUCAUGGCAGGCUGGUUGUAUACCUUCUUGCCAUGAAAUGCACCCCUUGGUCCCCUCAGUGUACAGUAAGAAUAAUUUGAUGCUGGGAUAUAUAGAACAGAUGAUUGAGGGGGGUGCAUUUCAAGGCUUGUUGUAUACCUUACGAAAUGCACCCCUUGCUAACUCUGACUAGGAAAGGGUUACAUGGCUGAAACUUACUCUGGUUACUCAUAUUAGUCCCCUCAGUGUACAGUAAGAAUCAUUUGAUGCUGGGAUAUAUAGAACAGAUGAUAGAGGGGGGUGCAUUUCAUGGCAGGCUUGUUGUAUACCUUCUUGCCAUGAAAUGCACCCCUUGCUAACUCUGAAAAGGAAAGUGUUACACGCCUGAAACGUACUGUGGUUGCAGGUACUAGUCCCAUCUUGUGAAACGCACACACUCACCAAACUCACUAAUGUAGGUAAUCCCCAAAUAGAAAGGAAGCCUUUGUGACAUUAAGGUUUUUAUGUAAUAAACCAGCCUAACAAUGAUUUAGACCAAAACAAUAAUAAAUUAAAUAACAUUUGAAUGGAAGGAUUUUUUCAGUGUUAUCAAAUUUCGGUUGUGUAAAAACAUGGAUCUUGUCAUCUUGAGACUAUGUAUUUAUGUGAUCAUGCUGAUCUAAUCAAGUUAUUUUUAGUUUGCUGAGAAAAUCAUAAUGGGAGAGGCAAUAAACAUCAAGACCACGAAUAAGGCAGUGAACAUCUGAUGGCACAACACGUAACUGAGCUUGCUCUGCUCAGCCUGGGAUACGCUAAAUCGAAGUAGGCCUACGUAACUUCACCGGGAGUAGUGGCCUAAACGCAAAUUCCGGACUACAUAUCCCACAUUUCUCGAAUGGGAUCCUCAAGAUUUUGGUCAUGCAGCUCUGCUAGCAGUAUUUACGUUUUGAAAUGCUUCUGUUCAUUAAAUGAAUUGCGGUAAAACAAUUUAGGCUAUUGCUCAAUGGAGAUUACUCGAGCUAGACCGUCGCUGUUUGGAGAUAUUGCUCAUGGUCUUGGGUUCUGGACUGAGCGGUCUGCAGUGCAUGAGGCAGCUGCAGAGGGCAGAGUGCUCCAGCUCCAGCAGCUGAUCCAAGCUGGAGCUGCGGUCAACAUUGUGGCUGUGGACUCUAUCACUCCCCUCCAUGAGGCCUGCAUACAGGGCCAGACCCAGUGUGUCCGAUUGUUGCUGGAUGCUGGUGCCAAGGUGGAUGCACGCAACAUAGACGGCAGCACUCCACUCUGUGAUGCCUGUGCAGCUGGCAGCCUGGAGUGUAUAAAACUGCUGUUGGAACAUGGAGCAACAGUCAACCCUCAAAUGUUCACCUUCUCACCACUUCAUGAGGCCUGCAUGGGAGGCAAUUCAGAUUGUGUUCAGCUUAUGAUUGAUGAGGGGGCACACAUGGAGGCUAUUGACUGCCACUUUGGAACACCACUACACGUCGCAUGUGCCAGGCAAGACUAUGAUAGCGCCAAGGUGCUUCUCAAUGCAGGUGCAAAUGUGAAUGCUGCCAAGCGACAUGAGACUGCACUCCAUCACGCGGCCAAAGUAAAUAACAUUUACCUGAUUGAGUUGCUGGUAGAGUUUGGAGCGCAUGUGUAUUCCAGGGACAACCUGGGCAAAAAGCCCAUCCACUACACCAGUCAAAGGUCUCCCUCCAAUCUCUGCCUUGAGUUCUAUGAGAACACUCCCCUCAGUUUACAGCAAAUGAGCAGGGUGGCUCUCAGAAUGGCUCUGGGCACGAGAGCUCUGGACGUCGUGUCCCAACUGGGGUUGCCCAAUCGGAUGAUUAGUUUCCUUUCCUACACACCUCCCACUGUGGAAUACUACUACUUAUAAUACAUCUCCCUUAAUCUUCAUCUCCCCAUGAAGGACGUUAGGUUAAAAUGUCCCGACUGCUGCUAAUGGCUAAACAUGGAUACAGUAGAAGCGAGUAGUUGGGAUAUUUUUCAGCACUGUCAUGGUCACCAUAAACAAUUGCUCUCAAUUCAGCCAACUACUGUUACACCAGUCAGGUGAUGGGAUGCAAAUGUAUGACAGCAGAUAAGGAGAUAGAUCUGUAGCCCCCGACAGGGCUAA